CAGCGACUUGCUCGUCUCCAGCCAGAGCCGUUUCGCUCCCGAACGCAAUGCCGACCUGGCCUCGCGCCAUCGUCUCUCAUGCCCGCUGCAAACUCCUCGCCGCCAACCGCCUCUGGCCCCUUCAUGGGAAUCCCAAAGCUCCUCCACGACCUUGAGGUGUUCUCGAGGCUGCUGCUGUCGCACCCCAGCCCGUUCUCCGAUAUCGAAUGUCGUCUGCUUGCAAAAUCCAUCAUUGCCAGCGCCGCGGCGAACAGCCCGCUGCUCUGUGUCGAAAGCCUCGGUCGUGCCCAUUUAUCCGAUCCCACAGGCAUCGCCUUCGACUCCACCGAUCCACUGGGCCCAUCCCAGUUCAGGACCAUUUCGGUCUCGUAUGCGGCCCUCAAGUUCCGCAGAAUCAUGUGCGUCUCGGAAACAGGCAUCUUCCACACCGCCCUCUUGCCGUCGUCCCCGACCCGGCGCAUCGCCGGCGAUGGCGGAUUCGGCCCGGUUGGCCAGCGCUCCUCGACCCUGACCAUCCAGAUCGAGGCCCGUCCAGGCCCAGAGACCGGUCUCUUUGUCGGGUGGCUGUUUCUGAUCCUGGAGGACUCCACGAUCGUGGCCCGUCCGCUCUGCAUCACCGUCGUCACCCUCGUCGACCACUUCCCGUUCGACGUCUACUCCAAGCCCUUCAUUCCGGGCUUCCUCCUCGACAUCAAUGCCCUCCCCGCCAUGAAGCGGGUGGGCUUUCCUCCACCCGGACCUCUGCCAGAUCUCUAUCGGUCCCAGAUUACGCCACCACAAGCGCUGGGCCCUGUCAUCCAGAGCUCGCUUCGGCGCUGCGACUACGAUCCGAGUCUCUCCAACUACUCCUUGUUCUUCAACAAUCUCAUCCGCCUUGUCAUGCUUGAACUGGAGGUGCGCAAGGUCGAUAUCCAGUCCUUCAACCUAUAUGCGGUCCCAAUAUCCAAAUUCAAAGACAGCGACAACUUGUAUGAGAUUGUUGUCCAGGGCCUGAACGAGCGGUCCUGGUACAUCGCCAUCGGUGACAUUGCGCGCAUUCGUCGAGUGCCCUUCGAUGGCGUGGAGUUUGAGGCAUAUGUUUACUCCCUCCACCGGAGAACGAACCGGGUGUUUGUACAGCUCCCGUUCCAGCCAGAGCCUACCGCAGCAUUCAACGUCGUAUUUGACUUUGGCAGCCAGUACAUGCAGAGCAUGAUCGCCAGCAUCAAUCGGAUCUCGAACUGGGUUCUCGAGUGCAAACUGCGCGACGACGAGCGCGGCGACACAUAUCUGACGGAAAUAGCUCGCUCGCUGCUCUUUCCUGGUCUCGAGGACGGACAAGAGUCUGUCACCGAUCCGUGGCAGAUCCAGCUCGAGCUCUUCGAUGAGAUGCUCAACUGGGAACAGCAGAAGGCUGUCCAGCUGAUUGUCGACCGAAGCUACGGAAAUGUUCCAUUCGUGAUAUGGGGCCCGCCUGGAACCGGCAAAACCAAGACCCUGAUCGAAACCAUCCUGCAAAUCCUCAACCGCCACCCCGAUUCCCACCUGCUCGUCUGUGCACCCAGUCAUUCUGCUUGCGACACAAUCACCCACCGACUGAUACCCCGCCUCGGCCCCGACAAGCUCUUCCGGUUCCUGUCCUCCCAGCGACUCUUCAACGAGGUGCCGCAGCCCAUCCUUCCUUACUGCCACUCAACCAGCAACUACUUUGACAUUCCCCCGAUCGCCAAGUUCAUGAGCUUCCAAGUUGUCGUGGCCACGUGCCAAGAUGCAUUCAUGCUCCUCCAAGCGGGGCUGUCGAACCGCGAUCUCGCACAGUCCUAUGUCAGCUACCACUCGAACCUCCAUCUGCUUUGGCCGCACCUGCACCCGGUUCCCGACCCCUUCAUGAAGCCACACUGGUCCCAUCUGCUGAUCGACGAGGCCGGCCAGGCAUCCGAGGCAGAGACCAUGAUUCCCCUUUCAUGCGUCACGUUCUUCCCUCCGAACGCAACGCACGCACGGUCCUUCUCGCCGUGCCAGGUAGUCCUGUGCGGCGACCACAUGCAGCUCGGCCCCAUGGUACGUUCAAAGGAUGCCCGCGAUGGCAGGUUCCACAUAUCGUGGCUGGAGCGGUGUAUGGCCUCGGAGCUGUACCGAAACCACCUCUUCCGCGAGCAAAACCCAGGCUCUCCGCUCGAACGGUCCCCAAAGUCGGCAGAGAAGAAGAAGCGGGGCAUGUAUUUUGUCCCGCCGUUCGUGAACCUGGUCAAGAACUACCGGUCCCAUCCAUCCAUCCUGAUGAUGCCGAGCCACAUGUUCUACAAUAACACUCUGGAAGCCUGUGCUUCCGAGUCCGUCACCACUUCGCUGCAGUACCUGUCGUUCCUUCCCAACCCCAAGUUCCCGAUCCAGUUCAUCGGCGUCGACGGCCUCGACUGCUGCAACGGCGAAAACGCCUCGUGGUGGAACGGCAACGAGAUCAGCAAAGUGGUCGAGGUCAUCGAAUCGAUCCUGCAAGAGUCAAACCAACGCAGCCUCGUGGACUUUGAGAGCCUUACUCUGGCUGACUUUGGAGUCAUCAGCCCGUUUCGCGAACAGGUGUAUCGCAUCCGUGAGGUCCUGCGAAGCCGUGGCUUGGGUGCGAUUGAUGUUGGCCGUAUCGAGGAUUACCAAGGCAUGGAGCGAAAGGUCAUCAUCCUGAGCACCGUCCGCAGCCGCAAGCGCUUCCUUCAAGAGGAUAUCGACAUGGACCUGGGUGUCGUCCACUUUCCCAAGAGAUUGAACGUGGCCAUCACGCGCUCGAUGAGUCUCCUGGUUGUCAUUGGCAACCCAAACCUACUUGCGGUUGAUCGAAACUGGCGCAGACUCAUCGAGUUUUACCUGCGCAACAAGGUGUACACGGGCUCUGCGCCGCCUAUCCAGUCCAAACUGGCGGCCGAAGCAGAAGCCGAGGUCGAGGCCGAGAGUGGCGGUGGCGACAGUGGUGACGGUGACGGUGACCAGCUCGCCUCCGUCACCUCGCAGAUGGGCACGCUGGAGCUCUCCCACAACCUGCACCAGAAACUGCAGAACCUCCCUGGUGGUCGUGUCUUGGGCGGUGGACUCCAAAACGACGACGAUAUCAUGUGGAUGACGCAGGAGGGCACGCAGGAGAUUCUCGAGAGCAUCCUGCACCAAGAUAUCCCGCUCGAAUAGACAUCCCGAAGCUGCCGCGCUCCCAGAGCUGAGGAGAAGGGAGGGUCAAACGGGAUAUGCUACAGCCGGGAACGAAGGGACCGGAACAUGACUUUCGACUGGGGCUCCUGGCCUGUUUGCAUCGCCGAUCGACAUCGCCUGGGCUUGGCGGAUGGCUUCGAGUUCCUGUUCGCCACUGCUCACUGGGAGUUGUAUCUCGGAGUGCACU